ACAUCCAGGGAAACCCAGGAGAUAAACUAAAGACAAACCAAGUCUGCCUGUUUCUGCUCCACAGUCCGCAGCAGCUGAACUCCUGAAGCUUCCUCCGACUGCAAACAAGACACCACAACUGUGACACAAUGAAAGUGGCCAUUGUUUUCGUUCUGCUCUUCGCCACAGUCCUCUGCCGGCCGGCGAGAAAAGUUUCCGUGAGCAGUUCAGAGAGCUCUGAGGAAGUGGUGAGACGACCAGCAGCUCCCCCUCUCAGGAGGAAGGCGGCAGAGGUUCCUCAGUACCGUGCACCACCUGUACAAAAUGUUGUAGCAGCCGCAGCAGCAGCAGCAGGUGCUGCCCAGUCAGAUGAGAGCACAGAGAACUCAGAGGAAGAGCAGCAAGCACCAGCAGAGGCUCUAGUAGAACUCAAAUCUGUCAGCGCAGACACAACUUCAGCCCCUGACACGACCUCUGACAACAGCCAGGACAGUGAAGACAGCGACGACGAUGAUGAUGACGACGAAGCAGAGGAGACUGAAACUGACGAGGAUGAAUCUAGCGACAGCUCAGAGUCAGGCGAGGCCUCCACCCCUGCUCCCGGCACCGACACCCCUGUGAUUGUCACAGAGGAACCUGCAGCUGAAACCACUGCCGAGCCCAUUGAGCCCACCAUUGUUACUGACCAAGAUUCAGGCCGCGGUGACAGCUUGGGAGGCUACCCCAGCGACUACAAGUCCAUUGUCUACGUCGAGGACAAAUCCUACCACAAGGUUCCUGUUCCCUACAAGUCCUACGAGUUCAUCGGCAAGAAGGUGGCGUACGAUAUGACAGAGGGCAACGAGGUGGAGAAGUCAAUGAAGGUGUACAAGGCUGUUCAGGUCCACAAUGAUAUCCUGGAGGAGGACACCAGCACCCCUGAGGUGGAGAGCCAGGGUCUCGACGCUUCCUCCGGCACCUCUCAGGACCAGGACGGCAGCCCCCGCCAGGCUGAGGUCCCAGAGGAGGAGAGCACCAGCGAGAGCUCCAGCACCCCAGAGGAAGAGGAGGAGGAGAGCGCCAGCACCACCAGCGACAGCGCCAGCACCAGCCAGGAGUCAGAGGACGAGGACAGCCAGAGCAGCGAGGAGGCCACAGCCACACCCGGAGCCGCUGACAGCGACUCAGAUGAGAGCGAUGAGAGUGACUCAGAUGAGCAGGGGGCGGGACCCGACGCCACCACUGACAUGCCAGUGGUCAUCACUGCCAAAUAAGCACUGCCCAUCCAGGAAGUGGACGGUGGUGUCAGAUAGAGUCACAUAAAAAGCACACGCUGCAUCCAGGUGCAAAGAGCCCCCUCCAGAGCCACCUUCCACUGUAGGGCCAAACAGGGACGGCCAAGGCUUCGUUAUUAUUGAUUUCAAUGUGUUCAGACAAUGUUUAUGUGAUUAUUUGUGCAUCUUUUGGGAAGCAGAAAUGCUUUUCCUUCAGGAUUGUAUUUAAAUAAACCAAUAACUCCUUCAUCCUGUGGUCUGGUUGCCCUGGUAAAUCCCACGUUUGACCCUGCAGGGGAAAAGUGGUAGGAUGUCGAAACUGACGACUGCUACCUGCAUCAGGAAGUCUGACCUCAUGACCUUUGCCCCCUCCCCUCUCCCCUCUGUUACUGCAGGGUAAAAGGUCAGAACUGGAAAGAGAGUCCUGAUAUCUACACCAGCACCACACUGCAUUUAAUCAUAACUGCAAUAUGCAAACCUACAUUGUUUUUGUGCUUCGAGAGAAAAGUGCACGGUUUAUUUAAAUACUUGUAAUCAUUUCAAGCGUAAUAAAAUUUAAACUUGACAUUAAGCCACACAUUUGCUGCCUGUGUGGCUUAGCUUUGUUGCUCGCUAGUAUCAAACCUGCUGGUGUAGAUAAAAGGAUGUAAACCCAGAGAGCUCACCAUCUAUCACAGGGUCCAGUCAGGUGUAGAUGCAGUACACACACGCACGCACGCACGCACACACACACACACACACACACACACACACACACACACACACACACACACAC